UUUUGUCAUUUCCUGGGCGGAGCUGUGACCCAGACGGCCUCAGCAUGAUGAAACAGGCAGCUGCUGCCGCAGUCGGAGGAGCCCUGGCGGUGGGGGCAGUGCCCGUGGUGCUCGGCACCCUGGGCUUCACGGGGGCGGGCAUCGCUGCCUCCUCCGUGGCGGCCAAGAUGAUGUCCGCCGCGGCCGUGGCCCACGGUGGCGGAGUUGCUGCCGGCAGUCUGGUGGCCACCCUGCAGUCGGUGGGCGCCGCCGGACUCUCCAUGUCCUCCAACAUCCUGCUGGGCUCCGUGGGCUCCAUAUUCGGGGCCUGGCUGGGGGCUUCGAAGAAGACACCCCCCCCUCCUCCAGCUGAACCUGGGGCUGAAGGGGAUCGGCCAAGAGAAAACGAGCCCCAAGCCGAACCUUCAAAACCUCCACUCGGGUCAGAGAAGCAUGAGGAAUAAAGACCACGUGCAGACAGCC